AUGCGGCCGGGACUCUCGCUGCUCCUCCCGAUCCUCGCGCAGGCUACCGGCAUCGAUCGCACCUCGCCAUUCCACAAUCCUCUCCUCGACGGCUCUGAUAUCAUCGCUCGCAAUCCCAGCGAAGCGCUGUUGCUACUCAAGCGCCAAAACGGCUGUCCCGCGGGCUACAACUCGUGCGCGUUUCUCAAUGCGCCUGGGGCCUGCUGUCAACGAGACACAAUCUGCUCUCGCGACGAUGCAAGCAAUAUCGCAUGUUGCCCCACGGGGGCUGACUGCACCGGUGUCGUAACAGAAUCAGGAUCUGCGACUACAUCGUCUGGGUUCAUGUUCCCUCAGCCAGGCACAGGAACGACGACGAACCCGCCGACUCUCACCGGCAGCACCGUCCCCAACGCUCCCUUCCCCUUUGUAUACAUUCCGACCACAUUCAGAAGCCCGGAAGAAUGCGUCCAAGCAUAUUCAGGCUGCGUUUCGCAAUAUUCAGCCUGCACAAGGUCUCUGGGGGGAGUCCAUGGCGUGACUGUGGGCGGCGGCGGAGGAGCCGGAAUAACGGUACCAGGAGUCGAGCCCACUGGUGACGCUCAGGCGAUAUGCAUGACGCUCAGCAGCCAGGCUUGCCGUGGUCUUCAUGAAGCUUAUUGUACCGCGUUCCCUGGCGGCAACUCCGGGUCGCCGCCUUCCGUAAGGCGAUCACUUCUAUACGAGAUUCUGGCGGGACUUGGAGUCGCUCUUGCGGGGAUGGUAGCUUGA